AUGACGAUGAUCGUUUGGAGGAAAUACGAAAGCAGUAACUACACGUCUGGUGAGAUGCUCACUGGAGAACUGAAGAAGUUGGCCAUCGAAGAAGUUACAAGAGUAAUUAUGGAGAUGCAGGAACGGCGAAAGAAUGUCACGGACGAGACGUUGGAUGAAUUCUUGAAGAUUAGACGCCUUAAGUACAAAUACUGA